AUGGGGCGAAAGUACAAUGGUCAAGCACUGUCUUUCACCGAUGAGAAUAAUGAACAAGAGAUAGAAGAAGGGAGUGAAGAGCCGCAAGCCAUUGCAAUCCUGGAGCGCGAGAAGGUCAAGAGAAAAAGAAAACUGAAAGAAAGCUUACUAGAACAGCAUAAGGAGAAGCUUUCAAAGCAAAAAAAGAAACGGCUUGACAAGUAUAUUGAGCACCAGAUGAAAAGAGAGGAGAGGGAAAUCCUUCUUCAGAAGCUCAGCGAGACUAGGAUAGAUUCUAGCGUUCUCAAAUCUGCAAAACUUAUAGGAACAGGAACUCAUCAAACCAAACGAGAGCGCUUUAUGGAAGCGCUGGAGAAAGAGAGGAAGGGAAAUGGAGAUAAAAAAACACAGGAAAUUCUUUUCGAGCCGAGAACGGUGAAAGAAUGGGACCAUGAAGAGGAACAAGUAAAACAUACGGACACUCAAACCGAGAUCAAAAAUAAAAUUUUGAUUUCAACGAAUCUAGCAUCUGGCUUUGAAUUCGCAAGCCAUAAAAAGGCACCCAAGAAGAAACAAACAAAAAAUUAUAGCUGGAGGGUCAGGCUCGAGCUCGAACGGUCGAAGAAAAAGGCUGACGAGGACAAACUGGAUUUUGCCAGCGACGAUGAUGAUGAUGACGAUGAUGAUGACGAUGAUGAUGUAGUCAGUUGUGAUGUCGAGGAGACCGGAGAAAACUCAGAAAAUGUAAAGAAGCAAGCAAGGAAAGAGGAAGAAGAAGAAGAAGAAGAAGAAGAAGAAGAAGAAGAAGAAGAAGAAGAAGAAGAAGAAGAAGAGAUGGUGGAAAACAAUAAGGCAUACAGCAAACGUGCACAGAGUUUCAAAGAAUGGGCUGAAGCCCAGGUCAAAAAAUUGGAAGGUAUACCAGAAUUCGUUACACCCUUAGCACCCCAAAAAGCCUACACGCCGUUAGUUCGACAAGAAGAUCUAGAUGAUGGUUUGGACAGAGAUUUCAUUCCGAUUAAUGAGGAGCUACAAAGAAAAAUAGUCACUUUAGAUGUUCAAAGAGAUGACAGUGUACAGAAGACGAGAAUGCAGCUGCCCGUUUUUGAGGAGGAGCACAGAAUCAUGGAAGCAAUACAUCACAAUGAUUGCGUUAUUAUAUGUGGUGAGACAGGAUCCGGUAAGACCACUCAGGUUCCACAGUUCCUUUUUGAGUCUGGUUAUGGAAGUCCAGAUUCUGAAACUCCGGGUAUGAUUGGAAUCACUCAACCAAGAAGAGUUGCCGCAGUUGCUAUGGCAGAAAGAGUUGGACGGGAACUUGGCAACUAUAAAAAAAGAGUUGGACAUCAAAUAAGGUUUGACGCCUCGGUUGGCGAAGAGACAUCUAUCAAAUUCAUGACUGAUGGUGUUCUUUUGAGAGAGAUGAUGUCAGAUUUUCUUUUGACAAAGUAUUCUGCAUUAAUCAUCGAUGAGGCUCAUGAAAGAAACAUCAACACUGACAUCCUCAUAGGAAUGUUGAGCAGGGUUAUGAAACUUCGGAGAGACUGGAGCUGCAAAGAUCCAGCCAAAUACAGGCCAUUAAAACUGAUUAUCAUGUCUGCCACCCUAAGAGUGUCAGACUUUAGCGAGAAUAAGAGCCUAUUUAGUUCACCACCGCCAAUCAUAAACGUGCAAGCUCGACAGUAUCCUGUCUCUAUUCAUUUCAACAGAAGAACAGCAUUCAACUAUAACGAAGAGGCCUUCAGAAAAACUUGUAAGAUUCACUCGAAGCUUCCACCCGGUGGGAUAUUGGUUUUUUUGACAGGAAAAGGAGAAAUCAAUGAAAUGGUCAAGCGACUGAGGAAGCGAUUUCCUUUCAAAAAAGGGAAGAGCUAUGACGAUGUUGCAGAAGUCAAAGUUGAUUCCAGAAAUGCUGAUAUGGAAGCUGAAGAGGUAGACUUUUCUGUCAAUGACAUGAUCGACGACCUCAGUGAGAAAUACUCGAAUGAAGAAGAUGAGGAGGAGGAAGAAGAAGAAGAAGGUUUCGACGAAACUUUAGAGGAAGGACAAACGGCAGAAGACCCGCUGUAUGUACUACCCCUCUAUUCCUUGCUUCCUACAAAAGAGCAGAUGAAAAUUUUUGAGCAUCCCCCAAAGGGUGCACGGCUGUGCGUCGUCGCUACCAAUAUCGCAGAAACAUCGCUAACAAUUCCGGACAUUAGAUAUGUGGUUGAUUGCGGAAGGUCGAAGGAGAGAACUUUCAACGAAGCAACAGGAGUUCAAUCAUAUGAAAUCAACUGGAUCUCCAAGGCCAGUGCAGAUCAACGUGCUGGAAGAGCCGGAAGAACAGGACCGGGUCACUGUUACAGACUAUUCUCUUCAGCAGUCUAUGAGAGCGAAUUCGCCCAAUUCUCCAAACCUGAGAUUCUUAGAAUGCCGGUGGAGAGCGUUGUUUUGACGAUGAAAAGCAUGGGGAUAGAUAAUAUCACCAAUUUCCCAUUUGUCACACCGCCUACUAGAGACUCUCUUCGAAAAGCCGAAAAACUGCUUCAGCAUUUAGGUGCACUGGACGAUCGCAUGAUAAUAACCAAGCUGGGUCAAAGAAUGAGCCGUUUCCCGCUAAGCCCCCGGUUUGCUAAAAUGCUCCUCGUGGCGAAUCAGCAGGGCUGUUUGCCAUAUAUCAUUGCUGUGGUUUCUGGCUUAUCAGUGGGUGACCCGUUUAUUAGCGAGUCAGAAAUUAUUCCAAGGGGAGAAGAAGAUGACGAGAAUGAGUGGAGGAAACAACAAUUGGCGAAGUUCAACAACUCACGCCAAUUGUUCACCAAACUAGAUAAAUUCAGUGACGGAUUACAAUUGCUGUCAGCAAUUUGCGCACAAGAUCAUAUCCCCAGGGCUGAUCGUGAGAAGUUUUUUGAAAACAACUUUCUGAGACCCAAAAUCAUGGAUGAAAUAGUGAAACUGAGAAAGCAGCUUACUUACAUCGUUAAAGUGAACCUCAGCAAAGAGUCUAUAGCUGCUUCUUCUCUGGUCAAAGAUGAAGAACUAAUGCUCAGUUUACCUACGAAGGUCCAGGUGGAAGCAAUCAAACAGAUGAUAACAGCAGGUUUUAUCGAUCAGGUUGCCGUGCGCGCAGACAUCGUGGAUAAAAAUGUCAAGAUACCCAACAAUGCACCAAUUACGGCAAUUCAAUACCUCACUUUGAUGCCCACAAGUGAAUCAGAUUCGGACCACUUUGUUUAUAUUCAUCCAAAUUCCGUUCUAUCCAAGUGUGGUGAACUGCCACCAUCUUACCUAGUUUAUCAGUCACUUACCACCAACAAUGCAUCUGCAACAAGCAAAUUAAGAAUGCACCCGCUUACAGAUAUCGGAGGUCGCGCACUGGCAAAUGUGGCCGCCAUGUCUGGUUUGAUAACAUACUCUAAGCCAUUAGGCCACCCAUAUGCUCCAAAGGAGAUCAGUCAAACAGAGAGAGAGUGUUAUGUUGUACCUAGAAUGGGAGCCAAUAUAGGAACCGGUGGAGUAGGUUGGGACCUCCCGGCAAUGAAGGUUCGCCAAAGCAAAGUUGGGGGAAAUUGGGUCAUCAAACGAUAA